CCUUGAGCAAAGUAUGCUGAACGGAGAUGGACGAAUGGUGUGAGAAUAAGGCUGUACUGAUUCCCACUAUUGUUAUUCUUGCUAUAAUCUUCGUGAUAGGCGGUGCUGGCAACAUAUGCACUUGUGUAGUUAUCAUUCGAACAAAAACCCUGCACACACGCCCUAACUAUUUUUUGUUAGUUCUUGCUUGCUCGGACAUGCUCCUACUUUUUCUAGGUUGCCCAUUAGAAAUGUAUCAUCUCAUCAGCUGCUUCACCAGCAGCAAGUUAUUAUGCAAGUUCUGGUUUUACGUUAGAGAAGCAUAUGGUUCUACAUCAGUAAUGACUAUCUGCGCUUUUACAGCAGAGCGGUGGUUGGCUGUGCGUCAUCCUUUACGAAUGAAGUUGAAAUUGAGAACUUUUUGUUGUGCUCUUGCUGCUAUUAGCAAUUUCGCGUUGUCAGUCGUUACUGGAUUCAGGAUGUAUGUUGUGUCAGCUGAAAUCGAGAUUAGCGAAAAUAAGACGACCGAAAAGUGUGUUGGAUCUGUGUCAAAGUUUAUCGAAUGCACGACGAUUAUAAUAUUUAUCCUUUCCUAUUUGAUUCCAGUAGUAAUGCUUGCAACCAUGUGCUUCCAAAUUGCGGCCUUUGCAAGCCCAACAACUUGUACUAUUCAAACGGAAUGUUCUAGAAAAGCUCCCUUGAAGACGAAUAGACUCCUUGUAGCUGUGGUUAUUUCCUUUCUGAUUUGCUGGUCACCUCAUCAUAUAGUGCAAUUGAUUACUGCCUUUUUUAUUGUGGAAUCAGAGGAGUCUGUAUGGGAAGUCAUUAUCAGCACAUCAGCAUGUUGCUACUAUUUGAAUUGUGCCGUAAACCCUAUCCUAUACAAUAUGUUUUCCGAAAAGUUCCGAGAAGCAUUCUUACAUAUGGUCAAUCAAGGAAGAGUAACUGCUACGGCGAAAAUUUUUUGGUGAUUAUCAGCAGUGACCGUCUCGCAGAAGUAGU